UUGUUAAGACAGUUUAUAUCUCAUAUGUCGUCACUUUGUUUAUCUGAUAUAUUUGUUUCGAAGCGACCAUCGUCAUCUGUAGAUGCUUUUUUUGAUGUAAUUGAAAAGGAAAAACAAGUCUUAUCUGCGAAACGAGAGGUAGAGAAUAGGACGGAUAUAGCUUGCCAAAAUUCAAUAUUAGGUGCUCUUCAAAUACUAGAAACAGCACGUGAAGAACGAACAGAGACGAUAGCGAAUUUAUUGAAACGAAA